AUGCUAAUAAUACGAAAUAUUCAAGCAUCAUCCGUUGGUUCCAGAUUGCUACCAUUAGGUUCACGGUUAGGAAAUGAUGAAAUGCUACGAUGCGUGGUGCCGCAAUUAUGGAUGAGAAAUGAUCAUUUAGCCAAAAAUUCUUUAAGCACAACUAGUGAUAAUCAACCGAAAGGAUGGAUGGAACGAUAUGAAGCAUUUUUAUCACGACGAUAUCCUAAGGCUUAUGCUGUUCACAAAAUGGUCAUGAAUGGAUGCAAAUGGUGCUGGUCGGAUAUAAAAACAUAUUAUCGAUUAAAAAAAGAUUUAAGAACUAAGACACGACAGAUAUCGGAGCUUAAACGACCUGAACUGGAAAUUCUUCUUCAGACUAAAGAAGAAUUGCUGAAAUUGGGAAUUAUUGUCAUCCUUAUACCACUGCCAUUCACCGUUUUCAUUUUCGCGUUAGCAGUGGUACUUUUUCCACGAUUUGUUUUAACUCGGCAUUUUUGGACGAGUGAUCAACGAAAAAAAUUUUGGUCAACAAAUCUAAGACGUAUAGCACGGAUGCACUUUAAUCCGUUGCGGAAAUAUCUUCAAAAUUUGGAUGUUAAUGUGCAAGUAUCGCUAAAAGAACUCAAGAAAUUGGAGCUGCCAGAAAUUAAUACUUAUUCGCUUGGACACCUGUACCACUUAUCAAAGCUUCAUGGAGUAAGUUUGUUAACUGCUGGUGUGCGCGGACUUCAUGAUCGAGCAGAAUUAUUGCGAUAUUUGGAUCAUUCGUUAAAAAAUGAAGAUACGGCGAUCGAUAUGAUGAGUGAGCAACAAUUAUAUGAACAGUUUUAUCUACGACGAUUGCAAUAUGAUGGCUUAUCAGAGGAAAAGAUGAAGUGUUUGCUGAAAAAUUGGGUUCGGCACUUGACUGAUCCACACUUAAAAACUCCUCUUUUCCUGCAUCUACCUAUCUUUGAAACUGCCUUGAAAAGUGCUGCUGAAGGCUGA